AGAUACUUGGCAUCUUGUGAAUCUAUAAGAACCGUGCCCUUUUCUCUCCUCAAUUGACAGAAAAAGCUUUUAACAUCAUCACAGCACGCUCGGCCAACUCAGCAGCUCCAUUUCCAUUCUUCAACACCCUUGAUCCUUCAACAAGAAGAAAGUUCUUUUAUCCCAAUAUGAAGGCCUCAACUGUUCUCCUCGGGCUCUUCUCGUCCCUCGUUAUCGCUGCCCCAACUACACCCGCGGACUCCAAUCUUGUUGAAAGACUUUCCAUUCUUGCGCCGGUCUGUCAAGGAACUCCAGUAUGCUGCUCGGCUGAUGUCGUCAGCGGCGUGGUGUCUUCAAACUGCGUAGCACCUGUCACGCCUCCAAUCACCACCCUCGGAUUUCAAGCUGCAUGCCUGCUCGAUGGGAAUCGUAUUGCCCGAUGCUGCUCCCUCAGCGUUGCCGGAUUGGCAAUCCUCUGCAAGGCGCCUGGCACCUAA